AUGGCUAUUCUGUUCAAAUGGCCCAUAUUGGGGGUUAUAGUACCAUCUAUUCUAAUUGGUAUGAUCGGAUAUGGAUCUCAUUAUUUUGUAUUUACUUCUCAUCUUAAUAGUCGAGAUCAAUUAUGGUUUGAAUUUUAUUUAAGUAUGGUAUGGAUAUCAUAUAUUAUUGCUAUUUUUAAACAACCUGGAAGUCCACCUCAUGGAUUUCAACCAAAUCAAGGAGAAUGGAGACGAUGGUGUAAGAAGUGUAAGAAUUAUAAACCAGAAAGAAGUCAUCAUUGUAAAUCAUGUAAAAAAUGUGUAUUACAAAUGGAUCAUCAUUGUCCAUGGACUAUGAAUUGUGUUGGUCAUGAUAAUAUUGCUCAUUUUUUACGAUUUUUAUUAUGGGUAAUAUGGACUACUGGUUAUGUUAUGAUUCAAUUAAGUAAACGAGCUAUUCAAUAUUAUGAAGAAAGUAAUUUACCGGCUUAUUUGAUUAAUAAAAGUGAAAUGAUUGCCGUGAUAUUUUUAUUACCCAUUGACUUUUUCGUAUUUGCAACUAUAGUAGUAUUAUUUAUAAGGUGUGUAAUAAAUUUCUUCUUUAAAGGUAUGACCCAAAUUGAAGUUUGGGAAUCAGAAAGAAUUGAAGGACAAAUUCAUACAGAAAGAUUUUGGAAUCAAAUUAAAAGAAAUUAUUUUAGGUUACAUAAUAAAGAGUUACCUCGACUUACAAGCUGGAGAAAUGAGAAUGAAAGAACAAAUUAUGAUGAAAAUGAUGAAGAUAAAGAUACAUCAUCCACUAAUAAUGAUAUUAAUGAAAAUUCAUCAGUUCCAGAGGAAUUUACCUUUGAUGAUUUAAUAUUUCCUUAUGAUUUAGGAAUAUGGAAUAAUAUUGUUAGUAAUUGCGGAUCUCCAUGGAAAUGGAUUUUGCCAUGGGGUGGUACUAAUAGUAGUGGAUAUAAAUUCGAGAAAUCGGGAGAAUUUAUAGAAGAUGAUCAAUUAGGAUUACCAUGGCCACCCGAUGGUGGACAUCAAGAGAAUGGUGAUGGAGGUGAAAUUAAUAGAGGAGACAUUGAGUUACAGAAUAUGCGUAGGCCAAACUAUCGAUUAUUAAAGAAAAGAUUAGAUCCACGAUCUACUAUGAAAAGAACUGAAUGGAUGAAUGAUUUAGGAGAGACAUUAGAUGAUUUAGGGGUUGAUAUAGAUGCAGAAGAUACUGAUAAUGAAGAAUUAAUAGUAGUGGGGGGGAAUAGCAACAAUGAUAAUGAUAAUAAUAGUGCACAUAACACUACCGCAUAG